UGUUCCCCGAUAUGGGAAAAUCCUGUCCCCAGCCACAUGCUGCGUUCUCAGUCUCCACCACUUGUUUGACUUUCUGCAUGUGUCAGCCAGGUUUCCCAGGACAGCCUAUACGUACACCGGUGGUUAGAAGUCACUAACAUGCAGUAUAAAUACAAGCAUGUUCCUAACACAAGAUUUAGGCAAACACUGCACUACACUGCACUACGGUCAUGAGGAGGCUGCUGGUUCUCGCUUUUGUGGUAGCUAGCGCCUGUGGAUGUGGCCUUCCCGCCGUCCCUCCUGUGCUGAGCAGGGUGGUGGCAGGAGAGGACGUCAGGCCUCACAGCUGGCCCUGGCAGAUCUCCCUGCAGUCACACAGCAGUGGGCGCUGGAGGCACGUCUGUGGAGGCACCCUCAUCUCCUCUGACUGGGUCCUCACUGCUGCUCACUGCAUCAAUGACCGCUACGACUACAGAGUGGAGCUGGGUAAACACAGCCUGAAGACGAUCGAGGAGGGCUCGAUAGCUCUGAGGGCGGCCACAAUCAUCACUCAUGAGGACUACAACACCUUACUCAGCCGUAACGACAUCGCCCUGAUCAAGCUGGAGUCCCCCGUCACUUUCACGGAGGCAAUCAUGCCCGCCUGCGUCCCAGAGCGCGGCGUCGUCCUGCCCCACGGCGCUCCCUGCUACGUUACCGGCUGGGGUCGACUCUCCACCAGCGGUCCUGCGGCCGACAUCCUGCAGCAGGCUCUCCUGCCGGUGGUCGGCCACGAUACCUGCUCACAGCCCGACUGGUGGAGCGUCCUGGCAACGGACAAGAUGGUCUGUGCAGGAGGUGACGGCAUCACUGCUGGCUGUAACGGAGACUCUGGCGGCCCCCUGAAUUGCCAGAACCCCGAUGGCUCCUGGGACGUCCACGGCGUGGUGAGCUUCGGUUCUGGUCAGGGCUGCAACGUCCUCCAGAAGCCCACCGUCUUCACACAAGUCAGCUCCUACAUCAACUGGAUGAACACAGUUAUGACCAACUACUGAAGAGGCUAUCCCAGUGCUUUUGUCAGCAACAAGAACAACUAUGAUUUAUAAUGUGUUAUCUCAUUGUUUUUUUAACCACAAAGUAAAAGUAAAAUGCUGUUUAUCAAUGCAAACAUGGAAUGCAGAGCAAUCGUUUGUUAAUGUAAAGCUAAAGUACACUUAAAGGUCCCAUAUUUUAAAAAGUUACAUUUUCAUGUCUUUUAUGUUAUAAAGCAGGUUUAAGUUCUAU